AUGAGACAGUGGACCAGCGCGCGGUGGGGCGCCGCUCUGUCGGCGCGGCUGGCCCUGCUCGCCGCCUGGGCCGAGCGACAGGGGCUCGAGCUGGCCGCCGACUGCCAUCUCGCUCGCACUCACCAGGCCGCUCGACUAAUCCAGGGCGAGUACCGCAGCUCGGAGGAGGUCCGCGCGGCGCUGGCGACGUGCUUCAAGCUGAACUCGGCGCAGGUCCGCGCGCUGCUGGCGCCGCUGCUGCCGCCCGACCUGGUGGACGCGGCCGCGGCGCAUGCGCGGGCCUUGGCCGACGAACUGUACCGCGCAGAUGGCCGCGAGAUUACUUUAGAAGAAAACGAAUGGCUAGGAGCCGCGCUCCUCAUACCCGGUGAUGGGUUUAGCGCUGAAGUAGUGCGAGGCGUUCCGCCCGGUCUUGCCGAGUUUGUAGCGCCGUUGCAACGUGGCGGGCUGUGUCGCCUGGCGCACCAGCCGCACGCCAUCGGAUUGUGGACCGUAUACAUGCACUCAUACGGCUCACAACCGAGGCGCCCCACCGACCCUCGGCCGCAGAUCAUUCAGUUGCAUAAGAAUAGCAACGGGAUGGGGCUCAGUAUUGUUGCCGCUAAGGGUGCGGGUCAGAGCAAGCUGGGGAUCUACAUCAAGUCGGUGGUGGCGGGAGGAGCGGCCGCGGCCGACGGCCGACUGGCGGCCGGCGACCAGCUGCUGUCGGUGGACGGACACUCGCUCGUCGGCAUCUCACAGGAAAAGGCUGCCGAAUAUCUAGUGCGAACAGGACCGACCGUUACCUUAGAGGUGGCUAAACAGGGCGCUGUACUACAUGGUCUAGCGACGCUCCUGCAUCAGCCCACAUACACUCAGCAGAAGCCAGGAGCCUCAGCAGGCGGAGUGCGGCGCGCGUCGGAGCGCGACCUGCCCUCGCGCCUGGCGGCCGAGCCCGUCAAGCCCAGCAAGAGCACGCCGGCGCUGCCGCACCUGCACCAGCACUACACCGGCCCCCUGAGCCCGGGCGCCCCGACCGCCGGCUGGAGCUCCCGGUCCCGCAGCAGCCACAACCUGUCGGGCGCCGCCCCCGCGCCGGCACAUCACGACUCCUUCUACCAGAACCUCUCCUCCGUGCACGCGCUGCAAGACAGAUGGUCAUCACUCCGUUCUUCGGGCAGUGGCAGACCUCAGUCGGCUCAUUUCGGUGUCUCCGAUUCCAACGCAGAACUGAGUCCAUCACAACAACAUCAGAUCAACCAAGCCAGUGCGGCGAACGCUCGUGCGGCAAAACUCGCGGAAAUGUCUGAAGAAGUCAACCGAAGACAACAACAACAUUUACAACAACAACAACACUUACAACAAAAUAUUCCACAACAAUACCAGAAGUCACCAGUGAUGCCACAAAUGUUUAUCCACACGGGGUAUGGCCAGGGCGUGCCGAACGCUCAGUCAAUGCAGGGGUUGCAAAACGUGGGAAUGAACUUGCAGAAUCAACAACUGUCGCCACAGCUUCACGGCUCUCAGUAUUUACUGUCACAACAACAACAACAACAACAACACCAACAACAACAAAAUCAACCUUAUCACAAUCAACAUGGACAGUCACAGAGGUAUGAAUGGCAUCAACCAGGGCCUCCUUCUCCGCAGAGAUCACAGCCUCCAGUCGCGCCUAAACCUCAGGGUCAGAGAAAAUCGGAAAAUGACUUAGAUGAGCAAAGUCACACUCAGAUGACCAGCACUAUACAACCGGAGGAGGAGCACUACGUGGCCAGCGCCCUGGAGCCCCCGGCGGUGUCCAUGUACGGCAGCGGGCCUGCGGGCGCCAGGGGCGUGUCCCCCGCUCCGCACAACCCCUGGCAGCGCGAGGAGCGCGAGCGACAGGCCGAGGCCCGGCGGGCUGCGGCCCGGGCACGCAGGGACGCCACCAUCGGUGCUCUGGUCGCACUAGGCUCGUCCCGCACCGCCAUCCAGAAUCAGCAGCUGAGAGCCCUGCAGCUGGAGCGGGACUUCGAGAGGAGAGCCACGCAACACGACCCGGAUGACGGCGGUAAUGGUGAAGGUAGCCAGGAAGACGAGACGUCGCCCUCAGAAAUUGAACGACCAGACCAAGAGAAAGAGUCAAGACUAUCACACAGCGCGCAACAGCUUCACAUACAAACUCAGUUAAACUCACAGCAACAACUACACUCGCAAAUGAACUUACAAUCGCAUUUCCAUUCGCCAAUAAAUCACCAAUCACAGAUACACUCGCAAAUUAACUCACAACCUAAUUCCCACACUCAACAUCAACUACAACAGCAAUCACAAAAUUUUUCACAAAUACAUUCGCAGCCGCAUAUGCAUUCGCAGGUGAACUCGCAAUCACAAAUAAACUCGCAUUCACAAGUGAAUACGCAGUCGAACGUGCAGCAAUCCCACACUCAGCCCCAACCUCCUAAGUCGAUCUUGAAAACGAAUACGAGGAACGAAAUAGUCAAUGGAUAUCCGCCGCAUGUUAACUCAAGCGAAGAGACCAGGAUAUCAGAGCUAUCGACGAGCGUCUCCAGCCUGUCGGUGGGCGGGGCCCCCCUCCCCGCGGCGCCCCCGCCCCCCGAGCGCGGCUCCAGCUUCGCCGUAAUGGCGGGCCGGCGGGCGCUGUCUCCGAGCCAGGCGCACGCCACCUACGCACCGCAAUCGCCAGUUAGCGGGGGACGAGACAAACGCGUGUCAUUCCACGAAAGGGCCCACGAAAACGCAGACGCUUCGUCUCAAAGCAAUUCCUUCGGGCAGACUCACGCUGCCAGUCCGACGGCAGCGACUCACAGUGGUCAGGCGGGACCUGCUCCGUGUGGCGGAGGGACCCCGGCCGGACCCCGCGCCGGCAGUCCCGUGGCGCCGCCUGCGCCCCCCGCCUCCUCGCCGCCGCCGCUCUACACGCCGGGGACGCAGCACAGGGAGGACCCCGAUCGUUUCAUAGAGGAAGCGGAGAGUAUGUUGUACGGAGCGAGCGACGCGGCGCACGCGGCCGAGGAGCAGUCGCCCGCCGGCACGCUCCUGGCCGCUCACACUCACACGCACACACCCGGCGUGAUCGGGGCGCAGGAGGUGUACAGGGACCCGCGCAUGCGGCGCCUGGCCGAGGCGCAGGCUCGGGCCCGCGGCGGUGAGAGGCCCGUGCCCGAGCAGCUCUCGUUCAAGGAGAAGAUGAAGAUGUUCGCGCUGGAGUCGGGCGAGCACGCCACGCCCAAAGACAAGGUACACAAUGUGAAGAUCUCGCGAGCUCAACGUGACAUCGACGCAGUGCAUUAGCGAAGGUUGAUGUUCCGCUGUGGUAUUGCAGCUACUUCAGUAUUAAUUAAUAAACACCCACUUAUGUAGUACGUGAGAAUGUUGCUAACUAAAACUUUGUGAGACUAUUUAUUCAAUAAAUGUACGUUUUCUGUAAAGUAUAAGCCCCAAAAGUUAAUGAAAUUUCAGGGAUUUCUCGUUCACAUAUUAUAUGGCUUAACAUAUCCCAAUGACAUCUAUGAGUUAGUAAUGAAUAAAAUUCUGAUACUAGUUCUUACUAAAUCUGUGUGAUGCAAAAUUAAUUUUACACAAGCUAUGCAUUAAGGGUGCCCCGAAGACCAAGAGUUUUGCAAUAAUUAUAGUAUAGAUUGAACAUUGCAAGAUCCGUCUUGACAUAACACACUACCGAGACCUAUACUACCUUAUAUUACCUUGUUGAGAACUUCUUUAGCGUUGUUGUGAUUUGGGUCGAUGAAACGAAAAAUCGACAUAAAAAAGAGACACACACAUAAAUUCAUUAGAUAAUGUGGGAGAAAGUGUUAUGGUACCAGGCGAUCAUAGUCGAAGAAGAGAUUGUUUUAUCGUUGACGCGAAGUACACCUUAAUAUAUUCUGACGUCAUGCGCACGACGUUAUUACUACAUAGACAACAGAAGAACAUAAAUAUGGUAGUUGUGGUAAGCCUUUCAAAGCGGUUGAAAUCAUGUGUCAUCCUAGCAACAUGUACCAGGACUUCAUAUGAAGAUGAGAGGUUCAUACACAAUGCAGGUUUCACUUUUGACAUGUGUACUUUGUAGGCACGCAAUCUUUAUUAUUAUUAUUAUAUGUAAUAUAACUAUAAUGAUGCGACAGUAUAUUAUAGUUGUUAUCAUAUCAAUUAAAAUCAUAUUUUGAAUCUUUUUAUAUAUUCAUGCUCGUGAACAAUAUUGAAUGUUAUUUACUUGUUAUAUUAAUAACUCAGAUGUACAUAUUUCUAAACGAAAAACACAUAACUCGCAAUAAUCCAUCACGACUAUCACAUUAAUGGAGCAACCUUUGUUUAACUAUAAAUAACGUACGGAAUCAAAAUAAAAUUAUUUAUUUUAAAAUGGUGAAAAUCGACGUGGUGAUUUGUCAAAUUUAGCAAAAAUGAAAUUAGAAGGAGAGAGAAAAAUAACGAAAAUUUAAAUUAAUAAAGGAGUGUUAGUAAGAUAGGAGUCCUACAAAGUAAUUAGUGUUUAAUGAUUAGCCUGCAUCAUCAAAUAUGGUAGUUAAUAUAUCAACGUUGCACUGUUAGAAACAAUCCUCUUAGAGGUAGAUAUUUAUUUAAUGAUUUACGAGAAGACAGCGGACCAGAGAGCCCACGGCAUCUAUUUUAUACUAGUAGUUACUCAUUUUGACUCACAUAGCACCUAAACACAAUCCGUAGCCAUUAGAGUAUAACAUUUGGAGUAUUUACUAUAUUAGAAUUGGUCGUAGCAGCUAGUUAAAUGUUCUAUUAAUAGUAUAUUUACAAUAUUGUAUCAAGUUUAUAUAUACAUCGAUUGACACAUUUUGUGGCACAUUGAAUAUAUUUUUUCCAAAUUAUCGGUGCCAUUGUAAUUAAUUUUAUGAAAAUGUUAAUGUUUUACGAAAGAGUUUUAUUAUGUGGACCAAUAUUAUGUGCCGGUGCCUUUAUGUGUACUUAGUUUUAACUAUCUACAGCUCAUAUUUAUAAAUACACGUUUUGUGGAACAAUAGUUUUUUUUCUUACUUCGUUACAUUCCAAAGGAUGACGGAAAUGUUUAUAUUAAGUAUAUUUUCUUGUUUCUUCCAAACGCAUUCCUUGUGUGCGAGAUAGCGAUCUUUGUAGAAUAACAUAAAAAUUAUUAAUAUUUAAAAUACAUUACAGAUUUCAAUUAUUAUUCAACAAAAGCAAUAAAUUUAAUUAGCCUUUAUUGUAAAUAAUAAGUUAGUAAUAUAUAGGUAUAUAAUGCACAUUCGUGCCAAAAUGUUUUAAUAUUUUGUAACGUUGGGAUUACGAUAUAUUUAAUAAGUUCUGUGGCCACACGCGUUGACUUCACAGAAGUAUUCAAAUAUCGUUGCCGGGAGUUAUACGAAAAUUAUGUUUCAAUAAUUGUUUGCACCGUUCAACUAAUUGUAAAUAAGUGAGAUAUGAUAGCGGCGACCGUGUUCAUAAAUGUAAAUGAAAUGUUUAUUUAUGUCAUGAAUAUUAUAAUUGACAUACAGACGGCUAUAGAGCGUCGGACAUAGUGAACGAGGACACUACUUAUAGUAAGAGGCAGCUAGCGCUGAAGCCGGGGGCGAAGCCGGCGUUACACCCAACGAUAGUCAGUUAGAAGCGAUUGUUACGUUCAGACUGUAUAUAAGUUAUACUUUAUAUAAUUCCGAUAUAAUGCUGAUUGGAAAGUUUUAUAACACAAAUUAAUUAUUGUUAUUGUAGUAACUAAUCAUACUUCAUUUACCUUGAAAUUUUAAUAAAUUAAUAUGUACACAA